UCCCACGUGGGGGUGGCGGGCGGAGGCGGGGCGCGCUCUGGUCCCCUCGGUCCCGUCUGCAGUUCCCUGCCAGUCACUCAGCGGGGCAGCUCUGGAUCGUUCUGCUGCCUUCAGCCUGCAAAGAUGCUUUCCAGAGCUGCCUGGAAUCUGCUGAUGAGGACCGGAGGACUCGGAACUCGGGGGACACACAGCCCAGGAAGUACUGCUGGCAGUCAGCGGAGGCUGAGUCCUUAUGUUGACUGCUAUGCCCAGCGCUCCUAUCCCAUGCCAGAUGAACCCUUCUGCACAGAGCUCAGCGAGGAGCAGAGGGCUCUGAAGGAGAAAGAGAAGGGCAGCUGGGCCCAGCUGAGCCAAGCAGAGAAGGUGGCCUUGUACCGGCUCCAGUUCCAAGAAACCUUCGCAGAGAUGAACCAUCGCUCCAAUGAAUGGAAGACGGUGAUGGGCUGUGUCUUCUUUUUCAUUGGAUUCACGGCUCUGGUGAUUUGGUGGCAGCGGAUCUAUGUCUUCCCUGAGAAGGUUGUCACCCUGACGGAUGAACGGAAAGCCCAGCAGCUCCAGCGCCUCCUGGACAUGAAGAGCAACCCUAUCCAGGGCCUGGCUGCCCACUGGGAUUACGAGAAGAAAGAAUGGAAAAAGUGACCAGCAUCACUCGUCCGUCCGCCGCUUGCCCUCUGGAGACCACCCUGGUGCAGAGCCUGAGGCCCAGAGCCCCCUCCCCCCCUCCCCUCCCCUCCCCUC